AUACCUUCUUCCUCGAUCUAAACCAGCAUCCGGGUCGAGAUCAUGCUACUCUUGCUCCUGGCCGCAACGCUGCACACCCUCGUCGAUGCAUCCCCACUCGCGUCAGACGCACUGGUGGUGAGGCUCUCGACAGGCUCCGUCCGUGGCGUCUCCACCGCGAAUGGCACCGAGAAAUGGCUCGGCAUCCCCUUCGCUCAACCGCCUACUGGGACACUGCGGUUCAAGGCCCCCGUUCCGGCGCAGCGCUUCGUGGGCGUGCGAGAUGCGUCCCGGUUCGGCAAUGCGUGCCCGCAGCCUGCGUCUCCGGGCCUCGGGGCUGACGUCGCCGAGGACUGCCUCUUCUUGAAUGUGGGUUGAUCUGCUUCCCAUUUUCGAAGCCAGGGUCUAUCUAAGAGGUUCAGGUUUGGAGACCGGCGGGAACGGUGACUGAUGCUGAGCUCCCUGUGCUUUUCUGGAUCCAUGGGGGUGCUUUCAUGAUUGGAUGCGUCAGAUCGACACCCUACCAAGAUUCGAGAUCGUUCACCUGCACCCACCGGCCAGGGCGGCUUCUUCGCCACAAUACGAUCCGACUCAGAUGCUGCAACAGAGUGUGGUUGAUAAAAAGCCUAUCAUAUUCGUUUCGGCGAACUACCGUGUCAACACUUUUGGUUUUCUCGCUAGUGCGAAUGUGGCUCCGGAAGAUCUCAACGCAGGGUUGCUCGAUCAACGCGAAGCAUUGAGGUUCGUCAGAGAGAAUAUCAGAGCGUUUGGUGGGGAUCCAAAUAAAGUCACGAUCUGGGGUCAGUCUGCUGGAGCCGGCUCGGUUGAAGCGCAUUUCCUCUAUCCUGCGGAGCAAUCUUUGUUUAGAGCCGGCAUCGCAGAUUCUUCGACGGGGCCGUUUAAAAACUCGCCCGAUGUGCAAACAUACGAUAAACCUGGGAAAUCUUUCCCUCGUCUCUUGGCGUCGACGGGAUGCACAGCAGGAUCGAGCGCGAUGGAGUGCUUGCAGAAAGUUCUAUUCGAGACUCUGAUGAAUAUGAGUAACUCGAUGCUUUCUGCGACACUGAACCAACAACUGUGGGAGCCCGCAGUCGGACCGAGAGGCAGUAUGGUCCCAGAACGUGCAUCGCUUCGCAUAGCUCGGGGCGACUUUUUGCAUCUCCCAUAUCUCAGUGGGACAAACCUCAACGAAGGAACGCUCAUCAGCGCGGCAGUCCAGGGUCUCGGACUUUCUGGUGCGGCCGAAAACGAGGCAUUCAGGCAGUUCAUCGGCCAUCUGGUCAUCGACAACAGCACGCUGACUCCAGAUGUGUACGACAAAUUCUUGGCAAAUUGGCCCGCCAAUGACAGAUCUCUCGGCGCCCCAUUCAACACCGGCGACUCGCUGUUCGAUCGCGCCGAGAGCUGGUACACGGAUAACACCUUUCUGGCGCCAAGACGCCAUUUCUCCCGCCAUGCUGCUGCCCUGCAGCCUGUGUUUGCGUAUCAUUUUCGGCAGUUUAUCCCCGGGACGGAUCCUCGUUUGGGCGUUUUCCAUGCCUCUGAGCUGCAACUGUUGUUCGGGCCGACGCCAGAUCCUUCCCUGGUCCCGCUGGCGAAUCAGAUGAUGGAUUUCUACAUCAAUUUCGUGCACGAUCUGAACCCAGGACGUGAGUGUGUGUAUUGGCCUUGAGACCACGGCGGCUUCCAUUGUCGUUCUCUAGCGAAAUGGC